CCGCUAUUCGUAAUCCGACACGCAUAGAGGAAAGAAAGGGCAGUACAUUAAGGAGGUGUCCGGUAGAGGCACGUGACGUAGGGACAGCCGGAUGUGUUCCUUGGCGCCCCCUUUGCUGUAAAACUUGGGUUCCCACCGAUCUAAAGAAUACAUUCAUCCGGCAUAACUUUGGGAACGAACCAUAUUCCUGCUUCACCAAUCGCCUUGAAGCCGUGACUUGGUACGUUGCAAACGCCAAUAGCUUCAAACGACUGCUUCCAGGCUGAUCAAGUUAAAGGCAUCGAUGGGGCCCACGAUCUCUACGAGGCUGUUAUUGGGGCCACUGUGGCCACACUGCUGAUGCAUCCCGUCGAUGUGGCUCGUGUCCGCAUGGCUGUCCAAGGGGAGAUGUGGCGUCAAGGUCACUACACUCCACUUUACAGAUCAACUCUGCAGUCUGUGUGGCUGGUGGCUCGCUAUGAUGGCAUCAGCGGCCUUUAUAGAGGUUACCUCCCAGGGCUUUUCUAUCGACAAGUCACGCAUGGCAUUCGUCUCGGCAUGUUUCAGCUAUUUGAGGAUAUGGGCCUGACUCUUGACGAAAAUCUUGAACCAAGCUGGAGAAAGAGCGCAGUGUCUGGUGCAAUCUGUGGUGGAGCAGGAGCCUUCAUGGGAAGUCCCCUUCAGCUGAUCAAAUGUAAGCUACAGAUAAGGUCCUCUCCUGCUAUCGCGGUUGGACACCAACAUGGCCUUAAGACGUCGUGGCAAGUCUUCACUGUGAUGUACAGCCUGUACGGCAUACGACGCGGAAUUUGGCGAGCAGCAACGAGCAAUGUUCUCCGCCUUUCCAUCGGAUCUGCCGUCCAAAUGGCUGCCAUGAUCAAGUACAAAGCUGUCUUCAGAGUUCCCAACGGUGAUGCUAGGGAUGAGCUGAUCACCGUCGUGACCGCAUCAGUGGCGUCCAGCGCCACAAGCGCCCCUGUUAUCUCAGCGUUAGACAUGAUCAAGUCCAGGAUGUACCUGCAGCCAGUCGACAACCGUGGCCGCGGUGUGUAUUACGACGGCAUUCUGAACUGCGCUCGAAAAAUCUACAGCCUGGACGGCAUGCUGGGCUUUCUACGAGGCUGGAAUGUCGCUUUCACCUACACACUUCUCUACUCGUCCAUAACGCUCGUGUCAUGGGAAGAGAUGAAGAAGCUCCGCAAGCAUCCCACUCACCGUCGCAUGAGCCUCGAGACGUAUAUGUAUUAUUGA